CUACACUGAAGGUGGAUCAAGCAUAUUUGAUAAACUCAAAAAGGAAACGGAGACAGACAUACAGUACCGUCCUGCAUUUAGCAUCAGAUAACUGCAUUCACACAGCUUCCUUGACAGAUUUUUUCUGCAAGCCUUGACUGGAAGACUGGCUUAAAAAAAGGAAAAGAAGAUCCUGGUAACUAUGGGACGCUGUCUCCAUGCAGACACAGGAAAUGUUUAAAUAAGCAGCAGAGCCUCCACAGUGCCCCACAGAACCUGCUGCACCUUUGGUUAAAAACUCUCCCAGACUGCACACUAUGAAUAUCUCCAUCCCCUCCAUCCUGCUCGGUCUGGGAGGAAAAUGUCUGUUCAACUGGACCCUUGUGUUCUUCCAGAGGAACCACAUCUGCAAAAGCUUCCUGGGAGUUUUCAGUGUUUCCCUCGCUGUCGUCGACACAACCCUGACCCUCUCUGUCACCACCCUUCACAUCCACGCUGAUGGAUACAUCCUCCUCCUGGGCUCGAAGCUGACCAUGUACCAUGUAUGUUUGCUUGUUCAAAUCCUUGGACAAGUCUACAGUGCUCUGCAGUGGCCACUUGUAGUCCUGGCUGGUUUGGAUCAUUUCUGCACUGUCACUCGGAGGUUGCAACCCACCACCGCCAGGGCCAGAUGGAUUGUUUGCUUAUUUGUGACCGGCCUCCUGUGGUUCCUCACUGCUCUCUAUGUCUUCCUGCUAUCUGACUUCAUUCCUGUCUUGGAGGAUGUGUCUUACAACCAGAUUCACCAGUGCUGGGUCUUCCACACCUCUCAGAACCUGCAGGUUGCCAUGUUGCUCCUCCUGACUCUGGGCUGUGUAACGCUGCAUGCUGGGUGGAGCACACAAUUAUUAAAAAAUCCUCCUCUGAAAGACCAAAUCACAGACCGAAGUAGAACUCACUCCAGAGGAAGUGUUGUUCACCAGACUGUGACUAUGUUUCUGAGCACAUGGGCUCUAUUCCUGUUUUUUCUGGCUGUGCUCCUCCUGCUACCUGUGGGAAUACCUGCAUACCUGGGUCUGAACAUUGCCUGGCUCUGCUUCCUCAACAGCCUUCUUAUAGCAGUCAUUUUAUGUGCAGUCUGUCCAGCCUCGCAGCAAGCACAGGGCUUGGCAGCAGUUCCUCCCGACAGCUUCUGUGAGUGGAGACUUUAAUUUAGUUUGGCUGCAGAGGACAGAACAUGACCGCACAAAGCAAAUAAUACACAUAGGACAUGCGUUAGAAGACGUGGAAUUAGCCACUGAGACCUAAAUGUCUUAUAGGAAAAAAAUAAUUUGUAUUUCUAGAGAAAUGUUGUUGUUUUUGUAGUCAAGCUAGCUUUAUGAAUGUGGAUCUGUCAGGUCCACCACUUUGGCCCAGACCAAAAUAUCUCAACAACUAUUGGACGGACUGCCAUGCAGUUUGGUCCAGACAUUUAUGGUCCCCAGAAAAUGAAUCCUAAUAGGCUCAUUUGAGAUGAGCCAGGUCUGCGCAGAAUCGUUCACCACACAAUGCACGCCAGUUAGAUUUGUGCCGGACUUGAUCCCGACUUGCUCUGACGUCAUGCACACGUGGGCAAUGAUAACCUCACGAGAUCGAGGUAGCCGCAGUUUAGAGCCAGGCACCGCAGCUGCUCUCCACCGACUGCAAGACCCCCGGCAUGAUGGGAAACGCCUGGCUGUCGCCUGAUGAAAGAGCUGAUUGGCUUUACAAACACCACGUUUUGUAGAAAAUCCAAAUUUUCUGUGUAAUUGUAAUAUUUAAUGCUAGAUUGUAGGAUAUUAGUCUCAUGUUGCGCAUCGAAGGUUUACUCUGUGAUCUCUUGAUAGAUCUUGUGUGGUUGAUAAUAAUAAUACAAAGUUAUUCAUAUAGCACUUAUCAAAACAAGCAAUUACAAAGUGCUUUACAAGGCAGACAUAAAAAGGACAAAGGAUAGAAUACACACAUUUCCACAUAUAUAUAAUUACACACAAAUAUAAAUAAAUCAAUAAAUAAACAUUAUAAGAAAGCUUAAUUACAGCUUGAUAACGUUUGUCAGCCAGAGAAGUGGAAUAUGUUUAGUCCAAGAAUUCCAGGUUAUAACUAUUGUCAAGCGACAGAAAACAUCUUAAUAACACAAUAAUAACACAAAUGUUUGGAACAGAGUCUAAUUAGUUCAUCACUGAAGGAAACUUAUGUCUUGUAGUCAUAAGUGUUGCUUUUCCUCUCCGUGUGUAGCCUAUGUAUGUAGCUGUGAGAAUGUUUGGACUGUUCAGAUUUUUAAAUGACUUUACAUACAUUUUCUAUGUAGGCUAUAAUUAUUCAAUAAAUAUGACUUCCAAGGUCUAAAA